AUAUAUUCCCCUCCAAUUUCCAAAUCUGCAUGCAAAGAAAGAAACAAGUAAAAUUAGUCUUCAAAAGUGUUUCACAAAUUCAUGCAAGCUACAGACGAUUCCCCUUAAAUUGCCGCAUCUUUUGACUAAGCAAUAAAACCGCCACCACCAAUACUGAAAAUGUUGCCGUUCGACACAAUCGAGGAGGCUGCUACAUUCAUGGGACGGAACCUAACGGCGGCCGAGACCAUGUGGUUCAAGUACUCGGCUAAAAAAUCGGAUUACUAUCUUUACUGCCACAACAUCUUGUUUUUGUUCCUCAUAUUUUCUGUUGUUCCUUUGCCGCUCGUUUUUGUUGAGAUGAUGAGAUCUUUGGGUUUCGAUAAAUACAAGAUUCAACCCAAAGUUAGCCUGUCGUUGCCCGAGAUGUUCAAAUGUUAUAAGGAUGUUAUGCGGAUGUUUGUUCUUGUUGUGGGUCCUUUGCAGUUAGUCUCUUAUCCUUCAAUUAAGAUUAUCGGGAUUCGAACAGGGCUGCCAUUACCAUCGUUGUGGGAGAUUGUGGCACAGUUGACUGUAUAUUUCAUGAUAGAAGAUUAUACCAAUUACUGGAUUCACAGGUUCCUCCAUGGUAAAUGGGGCUACGAGAAAAUUCAUCGGGUUCACCACGAAUACACUGCUCCAAUCGGCUUUGCCGCACCAUAUGCACAUUGGUUGGAAGUUUUGAUCCUCGGGAUUCCUUCUUUUCUUGGUCCAGCAAUUGUUCCGGGGCAUAUGAUCACGUUUUGGUUAUGGAUAGCUUUACGGCAAAUCGAAGCAAUAGAGACACACAGUGGGUAUGACUUCCCUUGGACUCCCACAAGAUUUAUCCCAUUUUAUGGCGGUGCAGAUUACCAUGAUUAUCAUCACUAUGUUGGAGGACAAAGCCAGAGCAACUUUGCUUCAGUUUUUACUUAUUGUGAUUAUAUCUAUGGCACUGACAAGGGCUAUCGAUAUCAUAAGAAGGUCCUAAGGAAGUUGAAAGAGGGGUCUAAAGUUGAUGGUGCUCAAAACGGAGGCUCAUACUAUUAUCCUACUCAAGAUCUUAAAUCCGAAUAGCCGCUUGUCAAUGGAGCAAUUCUCUCGAGCAGCCUCUUCGGUCUUCCUCUCGGAUCGCAUGUAUUAACUUAUGGGAAUCUGAUUUUGAGUUGACAAUCAUUGUUAGUAUGAUGAAGUAGAUUUCUUAAGUGAAUUCAGAUGAAGAUUAACUUGGGUCUUUUUUCGAAAUGUGAUUUUGUUGGUAGCUUGAAAGAUAUAUCAGUUCUUGUUAUUUAGGUUUUCUAUGUCUUUGCCCUGUUUAAAUCUUUUUUGUUUAAACUAAGAAACUAUAAAUCAGACAUGGUGUGCAUUUUCAUUUGUCUCAGAAUUAGUUACUAGUGAAGUAUAGAAUGUGUUGAUCUCGGUUUUGUUCACACUUUUUUAUUUUUCUUGAAGUAUUUGUAUUCGAAUUUCAUAUUAAUAUAUUUGAGCAUAAACAUGCCUAUCAUUAUAAA